AAUUCUGGAGAAAUUUGCUGGAGAAUUCUGGAGAAAAUUGCUGGAGAACGCUGGAGAAUUCUGGAGAAAAUUGCUGGAGAACGCUGGAGAAUUCUGCAGAAAAUUGCUGGAGAACGCUGGAGAAUUCUGGAGAAAAUUGCUGGAGAACGCUGGAGAAUUCUGGAGAAAAUUGCUGGAGAACGCUGGAGAAUUCUGGAGAAAUUUGCUGGAGAAUUCUGGAGAAAAUUGCUGGAGAACGCUGGAGAAAUUUGCUGGAAAAUUCUGGAGAAAUUUGCUGGAGAACGCUGGAGAAUUCUGGAGAAAUUUGCUGGAGAAUUCUGGAGAAAAUUGCUGGAGAAUUCUGGAGAACGCUGGAGAAUUCUGGAGAAAUUUGCUGGAGAAUUCUGGAGAAAAUUGCUGGAGAACGCUGGAGAAUUCUGGAGAAAAUUGCUGGAGAACGCUGGAGAAUUCUGGAGAAAAUUGCUGGAGAAUUCUGGAGAAAUUUGCUGGAGAACGCUGGAGAAUUCUGGAGAAAUUUGCUGGAGAACGCUGGAGAAUUCUGGAGAAAUUUGCUGGAGAAUUCUGGAGAAAUUUGCUGAAGAAUUCUGGAGAAAUUUGCUGGAGAACGCUGGAGAAUUCUGGAGAAAUUUGCUGGAGAAUUCUGGAGAAAAUUGCUGGAGAACGCUGGAGAAUUCUGGAGAAAAUUGCUGGAGAACGCUGGAGAAUUCUGGAGAAAAUUGCUGGAGAACGCUGGAGAAUUCUGGAGAAAUUUGCUGGAGAACGCUGGAGAACGCUGGAGAAUUCUGGAGAAAAUUGCUGGAGAAUUCUGGAGAAAAUUGCUGGAGAACGCUGGAGAAUUCUGGAGAAAUUUGCUGGAGAACGCUGGAGAACGCUGGAGAAUUCUGGAGAAAAUUGCUGGAGAAUUCUGGAGAAAAUUGCUGGAGAACGCUGGAGAUUUCUGGAGUGUGCUGGAAAUUACUUGUUUCCCUCGAAGAAAAUACACACUGGAAGACGGCACAAUAA